GAUUGGAGGGGGGGGUAGGCUUGGUGUGCACUCCGCACCUCGGAAACGUUACUGCGCGUGGAACGGCUGCUUCUGGAAGUCCAUCCAGUGGCAUUUUGAGUUUUGAAAGGUAUUUUUGAAUAUAAGAAAGACUUUACUACUCAGAAGGAAUCUAGAAAGUGGAAUUGGGAAAGUUAUUACAUUGGAGGAACAUUGGUGUCCUUCAGAGCAUACCAACUAAGGCUACUGCCCAGAAGAAAAGAUGUUUGGUUUUCACAAGCCAAAGAUGUACCGAAGUAUAGAGGGCUGCUGUAUUUGCAGAGCUAAAUCCUCAAGUUCUCGAUUCACUGACAGUAAACGCUAUGAGAAGGACUUCCAGAGCUGUUUUGGGUUACAUGAGACUCGUUCAGGAGACAUCUGUAAUGCUUGUGUCCUGCUUGUGAAAAGAUGGAAGAAAUUGCCAGCAGGAUCCAAAAAAAACUGGAAUCAUGUGGUAGAUGCAAGGGCAGGACCCAGUCUAAAGACUACACUGAAACCAAAGAAAGUGAAAACUCUGUCUGGAAACAGGAUAAAAAGCAACCAGAUCAGUAAACUGCAGAAGGAAUUUAAACGUCACAAUUCUGAUGCUCACAUAACCAGUCAGAUGAUGGCUCAGAUACAGAGAUGGCUUCUGGCUCUAACAGAACGCCAGUGUUUUCCUUUUUAG